AUGCGCGUGCAUAACCUUCGCCAAUUAGGUCGACUAUAUUCCACCAAGACCUCUGCAGACUCAUUACGCGAGCCAAUUGCUGGGACGGUUUUGGAACACCACCUAUAUCUCGUACUACGAAUCCAGAACCCUAUCCGCGCUCUUGAGUCUCGACGAGUCUUGCCGUUGCGCAUAGACAUACAACGUGCUCUUCUGCCUCACAACGGCCUUGUGAACUUGGGAUAUGUCACUGAAGACCGCUUGUGGGCACGUUCUGAAAAACUAUGCAGUUCUCAACUCGCGUCACAUGGUUCGCCGCAGGAGGACGAAUUCGACGACGAGUUCGAAGAAGACCGACAUGAAGAGCACUACGAUGCCGUGGCAUUUGCACCGGAACGACCUCCCCUACAUGUCAAAGGCAUAACCCGCAACAACUUUGAGGAGCGCGUAGACACCGUGAGGCUCGUCCAGCGCGACUUGCCGCCAUUGCGACGUUUCGAACCGGGAGAAUACGAUGGACCGGUACACAUCUACGUGUGUACACAUGGACAGCGGGAUUGUAGAUGUGGGGAACAUGGAGGUGGUCUGGCGGACGCGUUGAUGGAGGAGGUGAAAAGGAGACGGACGAAACAGAAGGGUAAAGGCUGGGAUCGCGUCGUUAUUGGAGAAGUAGCGCACGUAGGCGGUCACAAAUAUGCUGCCAACGCUCUGAUCUUCCCUCAUGGAGAAUGGCUCGGUGAACUGCGUGCAGAAGAUGCACCCGCACUGCUUGAUGCUUUAGCUGUACAACCCUUCUCAAACGGGGAAGGCGUGACACGGCCGCCCUUGAUGCCGAAACACUGGCGCGGCAGGAUGGGCAUGAGCAUGGACGAACAACGAAGAUUCAUUGAAGACUACCUAGAGAUACCUUGA